AUGUCAACUCCUCAAAUAAAAUCAAAAUUGGUUCAAACAUUUGGAAGAAAGAAGAAUGCUGUAGCAAGUGCAAGUGUUAGAGAAGGAAAGGGUACUUAAUAAUAAUAANAUUCACAUUUUUAGAAAGAAGAAUGGAAAAGAGAGGAUGAAAGACAUAAAUAAAGAGAAAAUCAAUUUAUGAAUUAUAAGAAGGAAAUAAAUUCAGAAAUUGCAUUAAAUAAUGAAUAAUAAAAGGAAUAUAAAAAAUAACUUAAACAUCAAGAGAAAAUUGAGGAUAAGGAAAUGAUUUCAUAAGUACUAGCAAGAGAAGAGGCUAUUGCAAAGAUGGAAUAAGCAGAGAAAUAAAGAUAAAAAGAAGAAACAAGAUAAUUUUUACUUAAUUUUAAGAAUAGAACAAAUGAAUAUAGUGUAAAUGAUUAAUUAAAGGAAAAAUUAAUUAAUGAAGAGAAUAAUAGACAAUGGGAAACUAAAGAGGCUAAAUGGAAAGCUGAAGAUGUAAUAAAUGUUUUUAUUGUAAGGAUGCAAGAGUGAAAUUAAUGUAUGAAGUGUAUGCUUAAAGAGCAGAUAAUGUGGAAAUAAAGAAGAAAUUAAUAGAAGAUGAGAAAAAUGUUAAAUAAAUGGAUAAAUUGGAACUUCAACGUUAAAUGGAAUUAUAUCAAAAAGAAUUAGAGGAAAAACAAAGAUUAGAAUAAGAAGUAAAUUAUACAUGAAAUCUGUUUAGAAAAUUAUGUAAACAAAACACAAUUUAAUAAAUUAAAUGGAUGAGAAAAAACAAAGAUAAUAAUUAUUAAGAGAUAAAAAAUAAUAGGAAGAAGAAGCACUUCGAAAAUAAAAAGAAGAAUACGAUAAAAAAAUAGAAUUAGAAAAGGCUAAAGGCCGUGCUUUGCUCGAUGAACUUAGAAAAUAAAGACCAUAUUGA